AUGGCAGCUCGCAAUCCUGGACCAUUCUUGCAGCAGACUCCCGUGGGCUUCCCGUCGUACACACAUCACAUCAGAAGGGAUUGGCUGGCCAGAAAAGCUUUCGAAAAGAGCGAAGUCAACACUCGCGUGUACAAGGCCAUCUACGAGAACAUGGGGGUCAGGGGUAGCAUUCCGGUGAACAAAUAUGUUGGGCGGAAUCGGAUCCGUCUUCGGGGCAUCACGGAAGGAUAUGCGCGCGGCAACAAGAGGUGGACUCACUUGAACAAACACGGCUUUGCUCUGGCAUACCGCGAAGGUUGGUUCCUAAAGUACGGCUUCGACCCUGAACGAUACCACUGA